AUGGCAACGCGUGACCCCACGGCAGAGCGAAUAGAUAGCACGCACAUGGACCGACUGAAGAAGGCUGUUCAGUGGACGUUCCCGUACAUGACACGCGCAGAGGAGUUUCCGUACGACGAUGUAGACGUCAACCGAGGUAACAAGGGAGACAUGUGGCAACGGUGCAUAGAGCAGGCGGUGAUUACCAUAGCAACAUGGAACGGGAGCACCUUCGCCGAUGACGCGAGAGCGGCUGUACGAGCCCAGCGAGACGCGUACUGUAUCGAACCCGAUUCGUACGGUGCGCCUGUGGUGCUGGUGAUGGAAGCUGCGUAUGACGAGUUUGGAGAUAGCAAUUGCUUUUGAGAGGGUAGAGCAACCAGGGGAACGGAUGAAGACUCGAUGGUAUGUGGAGUCAGGGGGGAGUCUAU